GGAGAGAAAGAAAGAGUGAGAGAGACAUAGAUGGACUUCGCCUGGCUGGAGAACAGAAGCUGGCGGAGCAGAGAGAGAGAGAGAGAGUGAAAGAGAGAGAGAGAGAGAGAGAAGGAAGGAGAGGGUGAAUACCAGCUAUUGUUGGAAUGCCGUAGCAACAAGCGACACAGAGGAAGGGGGAGGAGUGUGUGUGUGUGUGUGUGUGUGUGUGUGUGCGCGGGGUCAGUGGGUUUUAUGCUCUGUUCAAGUUGCUCCUUGUCAGUCGCGUUCUGUGCUGGCAACCUAGCGACCGUGGGCUUAAGUUAUCAGACUCGUCUGGACACACGAGUCUCAAAACUGGAGUUGUUGGAGCGUCGAGGGUUUGAAGGAUCCCGCCGGCAUCUUCGAGCUGGUUGAGCUGGUGGGAAACGGCACCUAUGGGCAGGUGUACAAGGGUCGCCACGUCAAGACGGGGCAGCUGGCGGCCAUCAAGGUCAUGGAUGUCACCGGGGAGGAGGAAGAGGAGAUUAAAGCAGAAAUUAACAUGCUGAAGAAGUACAGUCACCAUCGGAACAUCGCCACCUACUACGGAGCGUUCAUCAAGAAGAACCCCCCGGGCAUCGAUGACCAGCUAUGGCUGGUCAUGGAGUUCUGCGGAGCCGGCUCGGUGACGGACCUGAUCAAGAACACCAAGGGCAACUCUCUGAAAGAGGAGUGGACCGCCUACAUCUGCCGAGAGAUUCUCAGGGGUCUGACUCAUCUCCACCAGCACAAGGUCAUCCACCGAGACAUCAAGGGACAGAACGUCCUGCUGACGGAGAACGCAGAGGUCAAACUAGUGGACUUUGGCGUGUCGGCCCAGCUGGACCGAACGGUGGGGAGGAGGAACACGUUCAUCGGGACGCCGUACUGGAUGGCGCCGGAGGUCAUCGCCUGCGACGAGAACCCCGAAGCCACGUACGACUUCAAGAGUGAUUUAUGGUCACUGGGAAUCACAGCGAUAGAGAUGGCUGAAGGAGCACCACCGCUGUGUGACAUGCACCCAAUGAGAGCCCUCUUCCUCAUCCCGCGUAACCCCGCCCCCAGACUCAAGUCAAAGAAGUGGUCCAAGAAGUUCCAGUCGUUCAUAGAGAGCUGUCUGGUGAAGAGCCACAGCCAGAGGCCCAGCACGGAGCAGCUCCUCAAACACCCGUUCAUCAGAGACCUGCCCAACGAGAGGCAGAUCCGCAUCCAGCUGAAGGACCACAUCGACCGCACCAAGAAGAAGAGAGGGGAGAGGGACGAGACAGAGUACGAGUACAGCGGCAGCGAAGAGGAGGAUGAAGAAAGAGAGAUGGGCGAACCGAGCUCCAUCAUCAACGUCCCCGGUGAGUCGACCCUGAGGCGGGACUUCCUGCGCCUGCAGCUGGCCAACAAGGAGCGGUCGGAGGCGCAGCGGCGGCACCAGCAGCACCUGCUGGAGCAGCAGCAGAACGAGGAGCACAAGCGCCUGCUGUUGGCCGAGAGGCAGAAACGCAUCGAGGAGCAGAAGGAGCAGAGGAGGCGGCUGGAGGAGCAGCAGCAGCGAGAGCGAGAGAAGAGGAAGCUGCUCGAGAGGGAACAGAGGAGGCGCUACGAGGAAAUGGAGCAGCUCCGCAGAGAGGAGGAGAGGAGGCACGCGGAGAGAGAGCAGGAGUACAAACGUAAGCAGAUCGAGGAGCAGCGGCAGGCGGAGCGGCUGCAGAGGCAGCUCCAGCAGGAGAGAGCCUACCUGGUGUCUCUGCAGCAGCAGCAGCAGCAGCCGCAGCCGCAGCCGCAGCCGCAGUCGCAGCCGCUGCAGCUGCAGCCACCGCCGGAGGGAAGGCAUGCGGAGAAGAAACCGCUUUACCACUACAAAGACAUCAUCAAUCCUAAUGACAAGCCGGCCUGGGCCAAAGAGGUCCCGAAGCAGCAGCAUGUUCAGAGUAACCCACCCCGCCCCCAACUACGACAACACCCGCCAUUCGACCAACCGGCUUCAUCCCCUGGCUCUCACGUCUCGCGCAUGGUUCAGGCACCUAGGCGAACCCAGUUCCAAUGUGCCAAGCUCCUCCCCACCAACAUCCCCAAUAUAUGCAUUUCGCAAGACCCCAAAGAGCCCCUAGAUCCGGGGCUGAAGCAGGAGAUAAGUCAGCAGGUCAGAGAGUUCAGGGCUCAGAAACUCAGUCACGGGCCCCGCAGCCCGGGGCUCAACCAGGAGAACAGCCAGGCUCCUGGCCAAGGGCUCAGUAAGGGGCCUAGCAAGGGCCAUUCAAGUCAAGGGCCAGUCAGCCGGUCUAAUCCAGCACCCGACCCAUAUUCUCUGGGGCCCCAGAAAGAGAAGCCCAAAGACAGGCCUUUCUCUGUCCCCAGUCAGGCGGCCAUCCCGGGGCCAGUGCCCCCAGACCUCCAGUUUAAGGCCCUACAACCGCAUCCUCAAUCUCCAGGACCGGCCCAGGCACCUCAGUCUGGAUCUAAUAGGGUAUCCAGCCCUGCGGUCAAACUGGUGGAGGAGCGAUCUAAGCUGAACCGACAGAGCUCCCCGGCGCUGCAGCACAAAGUGUCCAACCGCAUCUCUGACCCCUCCCUCCCUCCCCGCUCCGAGUCCUUCAGCAGCGGGGGCAUGCAGCCCGCCCGCACCCCACCCAUCCACCGCUCCAUCGAACCACAGAUGGCUCACCUGGUCCCGGUGAAGACCCACUCCGGCUCCAUGUCCGGCUCCCAGUCUCUGCAGGACCAGACGGGCUCCGCUCUGAGUGAAGGCCUCAGCGUGGGCUCCCCGAGGCCCGAGAUGCCCCGCCAGAACUCAGACCCCACCUCUGACACCCCCGGACCCCCGCUGCGUAUCACAGGCAGAGAGGACCGGGAACGGGACAGAGACAGGGAUCGGGAUCGGGACCGGACCGCCUGGCUCAGAGAGGAGGACCUCCCACCCAAGGUCCCCCAGAGGACCACUUCCAUCUCCCCAGCAUUGGUCAGGAAGAACUCCCCUAAUGGAGGAGUGGGUCUGAGCCCUCGCACAGGUUCUCAACUCAUACGGGCCAGCAACCCAGACCUGCGGCGCUCCGAGCUCUCUCUGGACGCCAUGCUGCAAAGAACCUCCUCCAACUCGUCGUCCUCCUCCUCCCCUUCAUCUCAGGGCGGCUCGGCCGAGAGGAGAGGUCAAGCCAAGCAGGAAGAAUCCCCUCCGGGAGCCAAUCAGGAGGCAAAGCCCAAACAGGAGGAGGGCCGGGAAUCGGCCAGACCCAGCAGACCCGCGGACCUCAGUGCGUUGGCGAAGGAACUCAGAGAGCUGAGGGUGGAGGAGGGCAGCAGACCUCCAGUCAAGGUGACCGACUACUCGUCCUCGAGUGAAGAUUCAGAGAGCAGCGAUGACGACGGGCAGACGGUGGGCCACGACGGGACCGUUGCCGUGAGCGACAUCCCCCGCAUCAUGCCGGCGGUGCAGAGCAGCAGUGAGUCGUACGGAGGGCUGACGGAGGACUCUCUGGGAGAUGCCUACAAUAGCUCCAAGGAUGGCACUCUAGUGAUGAGAGAGGUGAUGAAUAAGAAGGAGGAGAGGAGGAGAGGGGGCCACACCGAGAGCAAUGGGUUCGGGAAUCACAGUAACCACGGUAACCUCCCUGACCUGUUGCAGCAGAGCAACUCUCCCUCGGCCACGCCCACUUCGGCCCUGCAGGAACUGGGCAACAUGGCUGAGUUUGGUCUGGGCGGGUCCAAAGCGUCCUUCACCCCGUUCGUUGAUCCACGUGUCUAUCAAACCUCCCCGAGUGAAAACGACGACGACGAGAACUCAGCGGAAGCCAUGUUUGGUAAUGAGCUGCUGAUGCAGGAGCAGGCCAGACUAAACGAGGCCAGAAAGAUCUCCGUGGUCAACGUCAACCCGACGAACAUCCGACCGCACAGCGACACGCCGGAGAUCCGCAAAUACAAGAAGCGCUUCAACUCCGAGAUCCUGUGCGCCGCACUCUGGGGCGUGAACCUGCUGGUGGGGACGGAGAACGGCCUGAUGCUGCUGGAUCGAAGUGGACAGGGGAAGGUCUACAACCUGAUCACCAGGCGGCGCUUCCUGCAGAUGGACGUGCUGGAGGGGCUCAAUGUGCUCGUCACCAUAUCCGGGAAGAAGAACAAGCUGCGCGUCUACUACUUGUCCUGGCUGAGGAACCGAAUAUUACACAACGACCCGGAAGUAGAGAAGAAGCAGGGCUGGAUCACAGUCGGGGAGCUGGAGGGCUGUGUGCAUUAUAAAGUCGUCAAAUAUGAGAGGAUUAAGUUCCUGGUGAUUGCUCUGAAGAACUCUGUGGAAAUCUAUGCCUGGGCUCCUAAACCCUACCACAAGUUCAUGGCCUUCAAGUCCUUCACUGAGCUGCAGCACCGUCCCCAGCUGGUUGACCUGACGGUGGAGGAAGGUCAGAGGUUGAAGGUCAUCUACGGCUCCAGCGUGGGCUUCCACGUCGUCGACGUGGACUCGGGCAACCCGUACGACAUCUACAUCCCCUCGCAUAUCCAGAGCCAGGUGACGCCCCACGCCAUCGUGGUGCUCCCCAAAACCGACGGGAUGGAGAUGCUGCUGUGUUACGAGGACGAGGGCGUCUACGUCAACACCUACGGGCGAAUCACCAAGGACGUGGUGCUCCAGUGGGGAGAGAUGCCGACCUCCGUCGCCUAUAUCCACUCCAAUCAGAUUAUGGGCUGGGGCGAGAAAGCCAUCGAGAUCCGCUCCGUGGAGACGGGCCACCUGGACGGGGUCUUCAUGCACAAGAGGGCCCAGAGGCUCAAGUUCCUCUGUGAGCGGAACGACAAGGUCUUCUUUGCUUCGGUGCGUUCGGGAGGCAGCAGCCAGGUGUUCUUCAUGACCCUCAACAGGAGCUCUAUGAUGAACUGGUGAGGGCUCCUCCCACUUUCCGCCCUGCCUCCCUCUCCCAUUGGCCGGCCCCGGCCUCUCCCAUUGGCCCUGGCCUCUCACCUCGGCCCCGCGGCACUUCUCACAAAUGAACCAGAUUGAACCGAGAAGCCACGAGUGAACUCUUUUAAUUAACACUGGAGAGACUAAACCCUGCGUAUAGGACAACAACAACAACAACAACAACAACAACAACAACAACAAAGAAAACAACGGUUAACUUCCAAGAAGAACAACAAAGAUCUUUCUUCUGGAGGAAGUGCCACGCCGCCCUCCAUCAUGUCGGGUCGUGCAGGAGCCGCCGUCUCUCAACCGACCGGCUAACUGGUGCCACUCCUCCUCCUCUGUCUGUAACUGUAGAGACACACUCAACUCCUCCUCCUCCUCCUCCUCCUCCUCCUCCUCUAGCCAUCCCUUGUUUUCAAACCAUGUCCUCGGUUCUCCCCAUUUCCCGUCUGCCACAUGUGGAGAGCUCACACCUCGGAGGUGAAAAGAAGAUGAAUAAGAUUUAAUAUAAAUUAAAAUGUAUACUUCUAAAUAUGACAGGACGACACAUCCAGACCGCCUGGAUCGAUAUUCCAUUCUCCCGCGUCGCUCCUCCUCCUCCUCCUCCUCUUCCUCCUCUCGCCAGUCAUUCCGGGGCCCCCGAGUUGUGAUUCAGUGUUCGACGGCAUUUCGCUCCGCGGCUUGUCACAGUAUGCAAAGAUGAUGUCUGUGUCCCUUUUUAAAAACCCAGCCGCCACCCCAUCGUCAUCAUCAUCAUCUUCAUCAUCAUCGUCAUCAUCGUCUUCAUCACUCUCCCUGUAUUCACUCUUACGUCUUUAAACUCUAAAGGUGCUGCAUCAGAUAUACUGUAAUAUCAAAUGAACAAUGAGAGCGUCGUUUUGUUCAUUCCUUUUUUUUUCCUGUUCGGCCUUUUGAAGCGCGAUGAAAUGUACGGCACGUCUGCGUGUGCAUGCGCGCGUGUGUGUGUGUGUGUGUGUGUGCGCGCGUGUGUGUGUGUGUGUGUUUGAGUCCCAUUCAAAUGCAGUUGGAAUCAACAGUGGUACAUUAAAAUCAAUGUCCAAAAAAAAAAAAAAAAGAGUCAAGUAAUUCAGUCUCUAAAGCAACAUUGAGUGUGUUUACAUGCAGAUUUACAAUGAUAUCUGAUAUCAUCAAGCAUUUAAAAAAAAAAAAAAGAAAAAAGGCAUUAUUAGUGUUUGAUUUUCUUUUGGAAGUGUGUUUCCUUUGAACACAGUAGCAGCGUGUCACACACACACGGCCGUGCUGCUGGAGGGAAUAUGAAGAUGACUUUAAUAUGAAGAUGACUUUAAUAUGAAGAUGACUUUAUCCUCAACAGAAUAUGAGCUGCAUGUGAAAAGAUCUCAUUGUCGAAAAAGCUGUCGGUGUCACCUUUUCUUUUCUUUCUUUUUUUUUAAUCGUGCUCUUCCCUGAUUGGUUCUUCUGAUUGUUUGGCUCCUCCCUGUUUUUAGCAUGAUGUAAGCAACAACAAAAAAAAACACAAAGGUGGAGGUUUAAAAGAUCAUCGCUCACGUUAUUAUAAUUAAUCAUUUUAUUGCCUAUAUAAUUGACACCGUUUUUUUUUUUAUUCUCGCGUGUGUGUGUGAGUUAUCGUCUAAAUUUAACACAUAGCUGAUGUUAUUACACGUUAACACUUAUUUAGGACUUGAUUUACUGAAUAUGAUUAACUGAAUAUGAUAAAAAAAGCGUGCAAUUUCUUUCUAAAUGACGUUACAUAACGUAUUAAAUGUAUAACACUAUUGAAGGUGGACUAGUUCAUGCAUACUCAUCCACAUUGGAGAGCACUGUGAUGCAGACGUGGUCUUUUCUUCUGGUGGAUGUACGUCACGUUGGCCUAUGGUUAACAAACGACUCAAAUAAAUCAAUCACAUUUUGUUUUGUUUUUUUCUGUUAAAAUUCACAUUCUUUUUAUUCAGUUAUAUAUAUUUUUUUUAAUUAUUUUUGUGUACACAUCCACACAGAAGCUAAUCCCAACAUUUUUUUAGCAAUAAAGAGCCGAGCUGAAGAAAAACCACAUGUCUUCCCUGCGCGCUUGUGCACGCAUGCAAUCGUGUGUAUGAUUAAUGAGCAAGUCUGAAUGUUGCAUUUUUUUAUUAUUAUUGUUAUUAUGAUUUAUGUUUGGUUCAUCACAGAAUUCACUCUUCACAUUGGAAAAGGCUGACGGCCAUUACACUGAGGACUCUCCUCUCAAAACACUGUAUUCUUAAUUCAUUUCUUGUUUUCUUUAAUUUUUGGGGGGGGAAAAGAGCAUUACUAAUGUCCUGUUUUGGGGAUUUAUUUUGUUUUGUAAAAGAGAUAAUAUUAUGUAUGAGAGAAAUAAAUGAAACUAGAGCAUUGUG